AUGUCUGAGACUUUCGAGUUCCAGGCUGAGAUCUCUCAGCUUCUCUCCCUCAUCAUCAACACUGUCUACUCCAACAAAGAAAUCUUCUUGAGAGAACUUGUUUCCAAUGCCUCCGAUGCUUUGGACAAGAUCCGCUACAAGGCCCUGUCCGACCCUACCCAGCUCGACUCUGGAAAGGACUUGCGCAUUGAUAUCAUCCCCAACAAGGAGGCCAAGACUUUGACCAUCCGGGAUACCGGUAUUGGUAUGACCAAGGCUGACCUCGUCAACAACCUGGGUACCAUUGCCCGCUCCGGUACCAAGCAGUUCAUGGAGGCUUUGACAGCUGGUGCCGAUGUUUCCAUGAUUGGUCAGUUUGGUGUUGGUUUCUACUCCGCGUACCUCGUUGCCGACAAGGUCACUGUCGUCUCCAAGAACAACGAUGACGAGCAGUACAUCUGGGAGUCUAGUGCUGGUGGUACCUUCAGCAUCACCGCUGACACCGAGGGCCAGCAGCUCGGCCGCGGUACCUCCAUUAUCCUCCACCUCAAGGACGAGCAGGCUGAAUACCUGAAUGAGAGCAAGAUCAAGGAGGUUAUCAAGAAGCACUCCGAGUUCAUCUCCUACCCCAUCUACCUCCACGUCCAGAAGGAGACUGAGAAGGAGGUUCCUGAUGAGGAUGCCGAGGCCGAGGAGGUCAAGGAAGAGGAGGGUGACGACAAGAAGCCUCGUAUCGAGGAGGUUGAUGACGAGGAUGAGGAGAAGGAAAAGAAGAAGAAGACCAAGAAGGUCAAGGAGACCACCAUUGAGGAAGAGGAGCUCAACAAGCAGAAGCCCAUCUGGACCCGCAAUCCCCAGGAUAUUACUCAGGAGGAGUAUGCUUCAUUCUACAAGUCUCUUUCCAACGACUGGGAAGACCACCUUGCCGUCAAGCACUUCUCCGUCGAGGGUCAGCUCGAAUUCCGCGCCAUCCUCUUCGUCCCUAAGCGUGCUCCCUUUGAUCUCUUUGAGACCAAGAAGACUAAGAACAAUAUCAAGCUCUAUGUCCGCCGUGUCUUCAUCACUGACGACGCUACUGAGCUCAUCCCUGAGUGGCUCAGCUUCGUCAAGGGUGUAGUCGACUCUGAGGACCUUCCCCUCAACCUGUCUCGUGAGACCCUCCAGCAGAACAAGAUCAUGAAGGUCAUCAAGAAGAACAUUGUCAAGAAGUCUCUCGAGCUCUUCCAGGAGAUUGCCGAGGACAAGGAGCAGUUCGACAAGUUCUACAGUGCUUUCUCCAAGAACUUGAAGCUCGGUAUCCACGAGGACUCUCAGAACCGCCAGCAGCUUGCCAAGCUUCUGCGCUUCAACUCAACCAAGUCUGGUGACGAAAUGACCUCUCUGUCCGACUACGUUACUCGCAUGCCUGAGCACCAGAAGAAUAUGUACUACAUCACUGGCGAGUCCAUCAAGGCUGUCUCCAAGUCUCCCUUCCUUGACACUCUCAAGGAGAAGGGUUUCGAAGUUCUCUUCCUCGUCGACCCCAUUGAUGAGUACGCCAUGACUCAGCUCAAGGAGUUUGAGGAGAAGAAGCUCGUUGAUAUCACAAAGGACUUCGAACUCGAGGAGACUGACGAGGAGAAGAAGGCUCGCGAGGAGGAGGAAAAGGAGUAUGAGAGCCUGGCUAAGAGCCUCAAGAACGUUCUCGGCGAGAAGGUUGAGAAGGUUGUUGUCAGCCACAAACUCGGCCUCUCCCCAUGCGCCAUCCGAACCGGCCAGUUUGGUUGGUCUGCCAACAUGGAGCGUAUUAUGAAGGCCCAGGCCCUCCGUGACACCUCCAUGUCCAGCUACAUGUCCUCCAAGAAGACCUUUGAGAUCUCCCCCAAGUCUCCUAUCAUCCAGGAGCUCAAGAAGAAGGUUGAAACUGACGGUGAGAACGACCGUACCGUCAAGUCCAUCGUCCAGCUUCUGUUCGAGACCUCCCUGCUCGUGUCUGGCUUCACAAUCGAGGAGCCUGCUGGCUUCGCUGAGCGCAUUCACAAGCUCGUCCAGCUCGGCCUCAACAUCGAGGAGGACGACUCUGCCCCUGCUGAGGCUCCCGCCGAAGCUGCCCCUGCCGCCGAGACUGGCGACAGCGCCAUGGAGGAGGUUGACUAA